UUUGAUUAAUCUCCAUGUCCUGCAACGACGAACCAAAAAGAAGAGGAAUACGAGGAAAAUUGAACAAUUCAUACUGAUAAGUGGGCUACAGUAUUACCAAAUUUAAAUAUGAUUUCUGGUCGCAGUUGAUGUUUAAACUAACCAAACGCAGAGGGCACCAGAAACGGUCAACUAGGAGGAAUCGUCAAAAAAGGAUAUGGAAGCAGACAGCUUACAGUAUCAGAUGUCUGAUACUGUAAUUAAAACAGAAUUGAAUGAUGAUGAGGAAGAAGAGACAAUUUUACCUGAUUUCCCAACUGUCACGGAUUAUGUCAAAAUGGAAAUAAAAUCUGAGGCCGAGGAACUAUUAGACAUUGAACCGUCUUGUGUUGGCAUGUGUAAAACUGACUUGGAUGAUGAUGAAGAAGAAUCAGAAACACCUGUUGGGGAUAUCAAAAUGGAAAUAAAGUCCGAGACGGAGGAACUUUUAGAAUUUGUUGGGAUGUCGGAAACAGAAUUUGAUGAUGACAAAGAAGAAGAAAGCAAGCUGAAAGCAAAGUCUGAAUCGGAGGGACUAUUAGAAACUAAAUCGCCUUGCUUAGAUGAAUCUUUGAAACUAUAUGAUAUACAAAGAUUACGAAAAUAUGGCGAUGUGUCGUUUGUUAUAAAGCGAAUAGAUGCACUGGAUGUUUCACUUAGCUAUAGCAAAGCUGUAAGCAGCGUGGAGAAUAUGUUGGAGCAGCUACAUCGCAAUAAUAUUCCAACGGGUAUAGGGAUUGCUUUUCGAAUUUUUAACCACACACCAUCAUCGUGCAUCCUCAUUUUAGGGAUACUGAAUCACAAGUGUCAUUUCUUUGGCACGGAUAAGAUGAUGGCUUCGAAAGAUUUACAUGAACAGAUGUCACGAGCUGGCAUUGAGUAUCUCUUGGUCAGUGGGCAUAUGACCGUUGGCGAAUCUUUCUUUGAACGUCUUGAUAACUUCCUGAUUUACAAUGAGGAAUACAAAUUAUUCAAGCUGAAACCCAACUGCACAGACGGCCCGCCCAUGUUGGCCAGGACUCUACCGGACAAUAUGUGCUAUACCAUUACCACGACGGGCACAACAGGACAACCCAAGGUGAUACAUGUUCCCUAUGAAUGUAUUAGUCCGAAUAUAGUGGGACUAAGCGAGAAACUGAAUGUAUCUAUGGCCGAUAUUAUUUACCUUGGCACCCCGUGCACAUUUGAUCCUUUUGUGGUGGAGUUGUUUCUAGCAAUGCAAAAUGGGGCCGCUGUUCUAAUCUGUCACCAUACGAUGAGGGAAUCUCCGUCAAAGGUAUUAAAUGCUCUAUUCCCGACCAGCGUCACACCGGCAGGAAUAACCGUGUUGCAGAUGACCCCAUCACUGUUCCGUCAGUUUGGAACAAGCGCUAUACGUAAUCGUAUCCUGAACAGUUCCAGUACGCUAAGAGUACUUCUACUAGGUGGAGAACCAUUUCCAAAUUGUGAUGAACUAGUUACCUGGAUGGAUCCACGUGUGCUGCUUCAAAAGCGUGUUUGCAAUAUAUAUGGAAUAACAGAAAUAUCCUGUUGGAGUCUUUUGCACAUUGUCCGAACACUGCAAGGAUCUCACAUACCAUUGGGCCAGCCUAUUGAUGACCACACAGUGGUGAAGAUGCAACGAUUAAAGCAUCUUAAUACGGCUGAGCUUCUGUUAGGCAGUGCUUCACGUCGCACAUAUAUUCCGGAACUCGAUGAUAGGAUGCAGGGCAAACUUUUGAAGGGAAUGGUCUUUCGAGCCACUGGGGAUCUGGUAUGUCGCACUGAAGGCAACUCAAUCAUUUAUCAAGAUCGCUCUAAUGAUGUAGUCAAGAGGGCAGGAGCUCGUAUUAGCUUAGGUUUAAUUACGCGCAAGAUAGAAAGAUGCCUGCCCAGCGGUGAACUGGUUACCUGCCUCUGGCAGGAACAAUUCCAGAAACUCAUCUGCUGCAUACGGACAUUGGAAUUAAAAACGAAAGUACAGCAGAGGGCCCAGACAUUUGAUAUACUAUCGAAACUUUCGAAUUGCGAGCAACCAGAUCGUUUCAUAUAUCUGCAGCAUUUUCCGUGUAAUUCACAUGGAAAACUUGAUAAGGAAUUACUCCUCAAGGAGUGCACUCCGUUGGCGGAGCCGGCACAGGAAAUUCUCAAGAGUUUUCUGCACGACAGGCUCGAGUGGCUGGGUGAACCCUCAAAACCAAGUUCGAAAUCAGGAAAAAGGCAAAGACUAGAAAAACAGAAACAAUUGCUCAACCAUCCCCAGGGCUAUGAACUAAGUUUUCGCCAAGCUGGAGGCACAUCUUUUCACGCCAUUACUUUGUGCAGGGAAAUCGGACUGCGAAUGUGCAUAGAUGAUGAACAGCGUCAUCUUUUUGAAAUUCUCCUCGAUGAGAAUGUGCCAUUAAAGGCUGUGUUUCAAUUCCUUGACACCGCGAAACUCGUGGCAAACAAUACCAAAUUGAAGCCAUUGGAGCCACCACUAGAGAAUGCACCAGGAAAUGCAGAGAGUAGUGGGUCUAGCAAUCGUUGCGGUCUUGUCAUUAAACGCAUUGAACAACCAGUAAACAUACAUUUUCAACUCCAUUGGAAGGUCAACUUCAAUAAAUGUAUAGACUCACCUGUUGCCGAGUACGAGGGACGAUAUGUUUGUGUCGGAGCGCAUUCCAAAUUGCUGCGCACUCUGGAUCCAAGAUCUGGCCUAGAGUUGAGCGCCGUUAAACUCCCCGAUCGAAUUGAAUGCAAGGUCACUUUUCUUAGCCUAGAAUUGGCUGUUGUAGGGUGCUAUGAUGGUGGCCUUUAUGCCUUUAAUCCACUCACUGGAGACAUUGCAUGGCAUGUUAGUAUUGGCGGAAUGAUUAAGGCCCAACCAUUGCUAUCAGCGGAUGCUUCGCGCAUUGUUGUCUGUAGCUAUGCAGAGGACUACAAUGUAAUAUGUAUAUCCAGUACAACGCAGGAAGUUCUAUGGUGCUUGAAGGUUGGUGAGAAACCCAUAUUUGCCAGCCCCAUAGAGUUGCCAUACGCCCAAUCAGUCAUCAUAAGUGCAUUGGAUGGGCGCUAUACUCGUGUCUCUCUGGCCGAUGGAUCGGUACAAUGGGCACAGAAGUGUAAAGAGCCAAUUUUCUCCACACCCGCCAUGUUGGAUUCCAAUGUGUUUCUGAUCGCCGAGGUGGCAGGAGAAGUCCACGCCUGUCAUACAGGCAAUGGAAGGAUUUUGGCUACGUUUAAGGCUGAUGGCAACAUCUUCUCCUCGUUGGUUGUGAAAUCUCCACCCACAUAUAUGGGACAAUCGUUUGUUGUAUUUGGCUGCAUCGAUCGUCAUGUCUAUUGCCUGCGUACGAAAACAACUCAACCACUUUUGGGACAACUUUCCGUAACCGUUUCAUUCGAUUUGCAUUGGAAAAUUGAUGUAGGUGCUCCAAUAUAUACAACGCCCACAUUAAUCAACAUUCAGCCAAGUUUAAUCUGGUCUAGCACCACCGAUGGACGGGUGCAAUUAAUGAAUUUUAACAAUGGCGAAAUUCGUUGGUCUGAUAAAUUGCCCGGCGAAAUAUUUUCCACUUCUUGCUACAUUGAGAGGCUUAAACGUGUCUAUGUUGGAUGUCGCAAUAACUAUUUAUAUUGUAUGGGCGUCUAGAAGAGAAAUUAAUUGUAAAUUUUUAAGAAUCUACAAAGACCAAAUACCAUACAGCUUAAUUAUUGGUUUGUUUAAAUCUUCCGUAAAUAGAAAAGACAAAUUUGUAAUUGGUUAAAACUGUUAGGAGUCAAUUGAAAUGUUUUAUAUUUGAUUUAAGUAUUUUUAUUACAUUAAAUUUACAAAAAAUUAUACAAAAUUUACGAAUUAA